GGCUGCAACAUGAUGACGAAUCUCCUUGCAGCCAUAUGGACCCUGACAUGUUUGAUUCUGUUGGGCGCUCUUGCUGCUGACUGGACAGUACGUGUUCCUAUGGAUCCAGUCUAUGCUCCUCCUGGUUCUUCUGUAGUUUUGGAGUGCACCUAUGACUACCCUGAAGAGUCCGACCAGGGAAUACUGCGCAAAGUGCUGACAGAGAUGUGGUGUCUGAAUGAAAGCCGCUGCAUUACACCCAGAUACGUGUACCACAGUGCAGGGAUAUUCCCUGAGCCCUCAUACCAGGGCCGAGUCAAGUACUUGGGGCAGACAGGGAGCAAAAACUGCUCUCUGAUGAUAUCUGAUCUGAGGUCAGAAGACAGCGGCGUGUACGUGUUCCGGUUCAUCACCAACCAUCUGAAGGCCAAGCUACCAGGACAGAGAGGAGUGAAUCUACAGGUCACACAUCAGAUAGAAACAAGAAGUACAUCUUCAUCCACUACUGGCAUUGUGCUUGGAGUUAUUAUCAUGGUUAUCAUAAUAGCAGGCAUUGUGGUACUCAUCAGACGCAAGUCACGGGGAGGGAGGUCAAGAUCACUUUAAACAAGCUAUUACCACAGAGGAUGAAAAAAUUACUUGUGACUGUGAUCAAAACAGAGAUGUAAA